AUGAGGGAUGAGGGCGCGGCGAAAGCGGGCACUGCUGCUGCAGCUGCUGCUGCCGUUGCAGCAGCUGCUGCAGCUGCUGCUGCAGCUGCUGCAGCAGCUGCGAGGUGUACGUACACCCCGCAGGCACUGGCCAGCAGCAAACCUAAGCAGCAGCAGCAGCAGCAGCUGCUGCUGCUGCAGCAGCCGCAGCAGCUGCAGCAGCAGAUGCAGCAGCAGCUGCAGCAAAACGCGAAACUAGGGGCAUAG